AGCACCCCGAUACUCGGUCGCUCGACUGCUCCGCUCGGUUCGCUCAGUGCGAAGCGCAUCACGUGUGUAUCGUUUGCUCCGUGAUUGCCCAUGUUGUGCGUGUUCAGCUGCUUGGAUUCCAUUCACGCCGUGUGACCCAGGUACCAACAUGUGACCGCCUACACCACCGGUGCAUUGCUACUUGCAUCUAAUCGCUAGAUGAUAUAGAGGGGCAUGAAGCUCAGUGUAUCGGCAUUCCAAGCAUCAUGCUCGGCUAGCGCCCAGAAAAUCCUGCACCACCACGCGCCCUCGUAUGGGGCCACUUCGAGCUCGGCGGCCGCCGUCCUCCAGCCUGCCCCCAUCCAGCACUCGACCCCGCCCCACCUCGCCAAGCGCCCGAACCCCACAGUCAAGGUGGAGGAGGUUGAGGGAAACUGUUCGUCACCAUCGCCUCCCCCUCCCCACAGCUCGGGUUCCCUGGCAGGACCGUCGCGGGGUCACCACCGCGCCAGAGCCAUGGUCGACAGCACCGGAGUCGUGGUACCGUCCACGCCCGCGGGGGCCCAAGGUGUGGCGCGUGGUGACUCCUCAGACGCGAGUGCUCCAUCGUCGCGGUCCAUCAGCCAAGAGGAGAAGAGCAACCUGAGCUCGGCGCUUCCAUCCCUGGGCACGUCCAGGGAGGAGGAAGCCCUCGGCUCAGGGCACUGCAGUGACGCGUCCGACAGAAGUUCCUCGAACGCUGGAAACAGCAGAAAAGGGGGUGAAUCUAGACAGUGCUCACCCCACCCCCCACUUGACAGGUCAAAGAGUACAGGAGAACGUCAGUGGGCCAAUGUGCGAGCUGUUGUCGCACUCUACGGUCGCCUGCGGCAAAUCAAGAGAAGAAACGAAGCAGUUGGCAAAGAUCCCGAAAGCGUGGCUGGGAAAAGCAGAACGAAGAGCAAUCAGCGAUGGAUGAAGCUGCGGACGACCGUGCAGCUGUCAGGGGCAAUCACUACGAUCCAGAAGAAGCCGCCGCUGAAGAGAGAAGACUCGUUUCUCAAGCGCUUCUCCACGAGACAGGUCGCCGAACAACAGGAAACCAUGGACGCGGGAGAGGACAGCGAGGGUGGUUGCGGCUCCGGUGGGAACACCAUUUCUCAGGUUCAGGCAAAGGCGAGGCGGCGGCGGAAAUUGCAGCAGGAAAAACGGAGCGUAGUGAACCCAGACGAGAAUUUCUACUUCUAUUGGCUGAUGGUGCUGACAAUGUGCGUGCUUUACAACCUUUGGACGCUGAUCGUUCGCCAGAGUUUCCCCGAGCUGCAGCGUACCAUGCAACCGACCUGGUUCAUCUUGGAUGCCUUCACCGAUGUGAUUUUUUUACUCGAUAUCGCAGUACAAUUCAGGACUGGCUACCUCGAGCAGGGCCUCAUGGUGUACAAUAGCAAGAAGCUCGCUAGCCACUACAUCAAUUCGCGCGCUUUUGUGCUCGACGUUUCAAGCCUCACGCCUCUCGACCUGCUCCAGUUUAACCUUGGCAUCAACCCCAUCCUGCGCUUCCCGCGAUUCCUAAAGGUGUACCGCAUCUACGACUACUACUACAUGGUUGAGUCGCGGACAGUGUACCCGAACUUGUGGCGGGUGGUCAACCUGGUGCACAUUCUGUUGAUCUUGGCGCACUGGUUCGGCUGCUUCUACUUCCUGCUGUCCGAGGCCGAGGGCUUCCAGGGCGAGUGGGUGUAUCCGUAUAGGCCCGGCGACUACGCCACCCUCAGUCGCAAAUACCUGGGCUCGCUCUACUGGAGCACGCUCACCCUCACCACCAUUGGGGAUCUGCCAACGCCAGAAACAAAUGCAGAGGGUGGAGGGUCCGCUCGCAAUAGCACCGGCGUUCCGCACGCUAACAAUCCCCACCCAAUAGCUCAGCCAAGGAGAGGUCUCAGAUCACGCCUGCUCCAGUUCAACUCGAACAAUGGAUACAUUUUUACAAUUGUUAGCUACUUGAUAGGAGUUUUUAUAUUCGCUACCAUUGUUGGCCAAGUUGGUAAUGUGAUAACAAAUCGCAACGCUAAUAGACUGGAAUUCGAACGACUGCUUGACGGAGCAAAGACGUACAUGCGCCAUCACAAAGUGCCGGGAGAUAUGAAGAGACGAGUGCUCAGGUGGUACGACUACUCGUGGUCCAGGGGGAGAAUUCAGGGUGGGGGCGACAUCAACACGGCUUUGGGCUUGCUGCCUGACAAGCUGAAGACAGAACUCGCUCUUCACGUCAACCUAAGUGUGCUCAAAAAAGUGACCAUUUUCCAAGAGUGCCAACCAGAAUUUUUACAUGAUCUCGUGCUCAAAAUGAAAGCUUACAUUUUUACGCCGGGCGACUUGAUCUGCCGCAAGGGUGAAGUGGCCAGAGAAAUGUUCAUCAUCGCCGACGGAAUCCUCGAAGUUAUCAGUGAAACUGGCAGAGUGCUCACCACCAUGAAAGCUGGUGACUUCUUUGGCGAAAUCGGAAUUCUUAACUUGGAUGGCCUAAACAAGCGAACAGCUGACGUCAGGUCCGUUGGCUACUCGGAACUGUUCAGUCUGUCAAGGGAGGACGUCCUCAUGGCCAUGAAGGAUUAUCCAGAAGCACAGGAAAUACUUCAAAGCCUGGGUCGCAAGCGGUUGAUGGAGGCGCGGAACGUGAACAAGAGUGGCAAGGCGGUGGCCCGCUCCGCGUCCAAGAGGAAAAUCUCGGUCGAGAACGCAGUGGGAGGAGCAGGAGUCGCUGGCGCGGCGGGGGACAGUAGUGACAGCACCGGCAAGAGGAUCGUCGACAAGAUUCGCAGCGACGUUAAAGGGCUAAAAAAUGCGCUCAGAAAAAGCAGAAGGAGCACAAGUCGAAGCAGUAAAGAAGACUCGAUAGAGCUACAGCCUCUUACCAAGGACGGAAAAAGUGUCGAUUACACAAGUAAUUCCAGUCAUAAGCCGCCAAAAAUCAAGAAACUUCUUUUACGAUCAAUCAACGUGGACUCUUCAACCAGCCACGAGAGCAACAGUGGCCCUUCCACGUCAUCGGGUAAAGGCAUGUUGCGUCGGAUGACCAGGGUAAAGAGCGACGAGGCAGCCGAGCCACAUGAACAUCCUCCAGCAGAGGUGAUUGGCGCCGGUCUACCCUUGAUUCAGCGGCUGUUGUUGCUCAAAGCCAAGGAGGACCGGGAGGACAAGACAAGAGAGCAGGAUCACCAGGUGUCAGCGCCCAAGGUCAUCAGCCCGCCUCCCCCUUCGCCCCCCAAGGUUAGCACAACCCCCGCAGCAAGUGCGGCGCCCCCCAAAGCCCCCUCCGGGCUGCCCCUGAUCCAACGCCUCCUCUCCCUGAAGCAGCAACAGCGCGAAGAGGCGACCCACAAACUUGCCGCCCCCGCUGGCCCCAAGUCGCCGCCGCCACCAACCACAAUAGUCACACCACCCCCGGUAGCGUCACCGACGGCUGUUGCUUCGCCCGUGGCCGUAGUUCCGCCACCCCCACCAAUCCCGCCAACAGUCAUGCCACCUCCGCCGCCUCCUAACGUCGUAGCAGCAUUGCCCCCAAAGCUAGUACCGUCGCCGCCACCGCCCCCGAAAGCGGCGGCCUCGCCACCCCCGACCGCAGUAGUAUCGCCGGUGCCACCCCAGUCAAGGUCGCCGCCCCCUCCACCCCCGCUGCCGAAGCUCCCGACAAUAAUCAAAUCGAGCGCCACCAAAGUGGCCGAGGAGGCGGCCCAGCCGCCUCCCGCGCCGCCUCCACUACCACCGAGAGCGGCGAGCGAGCAGAAACCACCCGUCCCGGCCCGUCCCGCGCCCCUAGAAGCUCCCAAGCCCCUCGCUAGCGAGUUUGGCCCCGUCCCACCCCCUCCGGCGGGCUCGAUGCGCGGUCAGAAACCCAGCCUGCUGCAGCUGAAGCAAGACACCAAAUUCUACAUGUCGAUCGACGACCUGUCGCCCGAGUACUCGGGCCUGCCGUUUGUCAAGAAGCUGAAGAUUUUAAACGAGCGGCAGAAGCUGGCCGAGUUGCAGGAGUGCGUGCAGACAGGUGCCGUGCUGCGCAGCUCCAGCCUCGACAGCGCCGCGUCUAACGCUCACCGUUUUCCCGCAGUGGCCCCGCCGAGACGCGCGCAGUCCGAGGCCCUCGACAUCGGCCACGGCAUGCGGCGACGUGGUAUCGCGCCGCCCGCGCCCGACCUCGCGCUCACGCUGCGGAUGCUGCGCUGCGAGAGUCCGUCGACCCCGCCGUCACCCGAGAGCAACGAGACCGAGGAGCGCCGCAACCUCAAGAGCAUCCUCAAGAAGCUGUCGUCGUCCAAUUCGUCCGAUCAGGACAUUGACUCCGCCCAGAAGUCGCCGACAACCACCAAAAUCGAGUUCCGCAAGCUGCUGCGGGCGCAGACCGUCGAGGGCUACGCGGCCCGUCACAGCAAGUUCGCCAAGAGCGUCACCUUCGGCCGCGAGACGGUGCAGUCGCCGCCCGUAGGAGAGACCGCCGGCACUCGGUCGCCAGUGCCGCCCAGGAUCCAAGACGCAGAGUCCCCCACACACGACCCGCUGGCGGUCAAGGCCAAGAUGGGCUUCCUGUUGCCCUCGCUCAUGAUGUCGCAACAGCCCAACGAGCUGCGAAAAGAGGAGGAGUUCUUCGGUGAUAUCAUUUCAGGAAUGAAGCAGGUCAUCCAAAGCCACUUGGAGGAGGUCCAAAACAAGUUCCAAAAGCGAUUCCAGUCGUUGGAAUUGGAAGUGCAAAGAAGAGAUGAAAUAAUAUCCCAGCUGCAAAACAGAAUUCAGGAGCUGGAGGGUGCUCCUAUUCCUAACGGCUGUCCAGAGGAAGAAACGCAAAGAGUUGUGAGAGGUGGAAGUAGUGAGGAGGGUGACAUUUCAGACCAAGAAGAAACUUUUACAGACCAUCCAUUCAUGCGCGGCGACUCCGUGGACACAGUGAUAUCGCCGUCCGGCUCGCCAAUUCCACAGGACUCAAGCGAUGAAGAGGCUGACAUGGAAGUGAGAAUGCGUAGUGGAAUGUUGACCAGAAAAACAGAGGACCGGUGCUCGUGGGAGGAGCACGCCGAAGAGGAAGCAAUGGAGAUGAUGGAGUUGCCCCGUUCGAUGAGCCCUCAGUCACUGUGGCACGUCAGCGUGGACAUGCCGUCAUCCUCGUCCAGCUCAUCAUCACGCAGCAGUUCGUCGUCGCCGAUGUCCUCGCCCCCUGGCCACAACCAAGACUGGGAAGUGCAAAUGCUGGCCGACGAACUGGAUAGACGCGACCAGAGACAAAAACUCGAGGGAGAGCUAGCUGAACUGACGGGCCAAUCAAAACUGUCCAAAUCUGAAAUUGACAUCCUGGAACGCAUUCUUCAGGAGUCCUCGCGCAAACGCGGCAGGGUAAAAACCCUGAGCUUUGACGAGGACGCGCCGGUGGUCACCAAAAGCAGCCGCGGACGAAAGCGGACGACCAGCGAGUGCGUGGGACGCAAAACUACCAGCGUGGAGCACCUCAUCUCUCGCUCAGACACCCUUAGGUCUAGCAUCCUGAGAAACCGGCUGCCUCGGAGAGAGGAACGCGGGGGCUCGGUGUCUUCGUGGCUGCACCGGAGGGACUCCACCAGCCUCGGCAAGCAGGUGCUCAACGCGCGGUCCCUCGAGGAGCCCAUUCCGCAGACCUCCGAGCAGCCGCCAACGAGGGGCAUCAGGAGCUCCUCCAUCGGCCACCUACCCUCCGGCCGGGGCAUCUUCACGUCCCUGUCGCGCCUAAGACUGUCCACAUUGUCGCAUUCCAUUCGGGGGCUGACGUCGAGAGCGUCAGCCACGUCAGACCCUGAGAGCGCCGUCGCCACUAUCAGCCAGGCGCACCCGCCGUCGACGUCGCACGAGUCCUGAUGAGCAGCACAACCCACACAACCUCAGACCUGACCACGCACGUUCCGCCGCGCAUGCCACACUACUGCUGCGUCGUUUUAUAAGCAAUUGCUGUGUUGUUAUAUAUGAUGAAGAGGGCAAUAUUUGUCAAACUUUAAUAAGGGUAUUCAGCGAGCAUUUUUGGCAACGGUUUGUCUGGCUUGAUUUGUAGGACUGUGAAUUUUAGUCCGUUUCCCUCCACUAAAUGAUCUCCAACCAAAAUAUGCGUGAAUCUACAGCUCAUGCAUGAUUUAUUAUGUCCUGGGGAAAUAAUUAAGGAAGUUGUUCAUUUGCAAGAAAUAGAAAAUUAGAAUAUCAAUGGGAAAUUGUCUAAAAUUUACACACCUAUUGCUUUGAAUUUAGUUUUUACACUUCUUCAUCCUUUCCUGCGUAAAAUUAUGUCAAAUUUGAAUGUAAAAUAAUGAUGAAAAGAGUGCAUCACUUGAAAUAUGAGGGAAAAUUUUACGCUGAUCGAACUCUUGUUGCUUCUUCAACUUUUAUAUCUCGUCAGAAUCAUCUUUCACUGCGACUUUUAGAUUCUAUGAAAAUAAAACAGGCAGCGUAAUUUGCGGUGCGUGAUUGUGAGGGUGAAUUGUGUAGUGUUAAUAUAUACAUUGCGUGUAUGUACACGCGCGCAGUCUUAAUUGUAGCGAAUAAAGGAGGGAGCGCACACAUUUUAUGAAUAUUAAUUAUUGCUAUAAAGUGUGAAGGGGAGAAAACAAUAUACAGGAGGGGGAAAAAUAUGUUUAUAAUUUUAUCACAUUGCAAUAUGGUGCCUAUACAGAAAAAAAAUAAAAAUCAAUAUGAGUGAUGUUGAAAAAGAAAAAGGGAAAGAGUUUCUCGACCUUGUGGUCGGCUGCACUAGAUUAUUGAAAUAGAAAAAAUGCAUAAACAGAUGAGUAACACAAUAAAAGUGCGGAGAUACAAGCAACACCAUGACGACGUUUGUUGGCAAUUACAUAAUUAAGAGUAUUUAUUGUAAAAUGAAAUCGUUUUAUCAAAUCUAUUUAUUAGUUGUUGAUCACUAAAAAUCACAGAAAACACGGAAGAGUAUAUAAAUUUAUGAUCAUGCACUCGGCCAAGUGGGGAAUCAAAAGGUAAUAAUGAGAGUUACCAUAAAAAUAUUAUAUCAUGUUGGCACAUUCAUCAGAAUUGCGUUGAUUGCAGCAAGAUAAACUUGACAUGUUUGUUAUACGUUUCGAAAGUAAUAAAUGAAAACAAGAUUAUUUCGAGCAUAAAA